AGCCUAGCCUUCAAGCAACCUGGCCGUUCUGCAGAGAGCACACAGGGACGAAGCCUGGGAACGUCCCUCCCAGAUACACCCUACCACUUGAUGGACCCUAACAGGUUGAGCAGACCCAGAGAUGAGGUGGAAAGUGCGGUAAGAGGAGCACGUUUUCUCAAGUGACAAGCCAACGAGAGGUUGGAGUCUUCUGUUCCAAAGAUCUUUGGGAAUCAGUCCAGUCACUUUCUCCUUCUUUACUGCCACGGGAAAAAAAUAAAAAUCGUAAAAAGCUGCAUGUCUCUCCUUCCUCUUGAGUGGGAAGGUUUGAGUAGCCCCGCGUGACGGGCUGAGGCAGGGUGAUUGCUCCAGCCUGGACUACAUAGCUAGGCAAUGCAGUAGCAAUGGCAGUGUAGAAAGGGAAGAAAUAGUAGAUUUGGGGGGAAUGCUAGUUGGGUACGCAUUAAUGCCACAGGAGGGCAUGGAGCGGAAGUGAGGCUGAACCAGGCUGCGCAUCAUUGUGACGGUAGCGGAUGGACCCGGACCCAAGAGAAGACAGAAAGGACUCGGUUCAGUGACUGACAAGAAGCGAAGGGUGAACAGUCGAACCCUAACCUUCUACUUCAUCAAGCAGAGGGAAAAUCCCCAUGCCACAUAAGAAAGCUGCAGGUGGUCUAGCGCCAUCAAUGCUCGCUCCGCCAGGGCGCAUGCGCUCGCACUGGUCUAGGCGGGCCUCCCGAGGAGUUCUACGCAUGCGCGACUACGGGGCUCAGGAAGCUAUCUGGGCAGGCUGUCCCUUUCCCAGCCCUCCUCUCAGUGGGGGGAAGGUGAGAGCUUCACCAGCUGCCGCAGAGACACAGGAGUGGUCCAUGGACCUGUCAUCGGACCCGGCUAGUGACUGCACUGCACAAAGCCCUCAUUUCUCUACAGUGUGCCUCUGGGAACAGCCUGAGGAAGUGAAUUCAGAACCACUGCUCAGCCUAGAGGAGCAAAUCCUUAACUCCACAUUUGAAGCCUGUGAUCCUCAUAAGACAGGCACUGUGGCUGUAACACACCUCCUGGCCUACCUGGAGGCUGUGACAGGACAGGGCCCCCAGGAUGUGCGCCUCCAAACACUGGCCCGAAGUUUGGACCCUUAUGGGGAAGGUGCUGGAGCCACUGUGGAGUUGGACACCUUCCUGGUGGUGAUGCGGGACUGGAUUGCUGACUGCCAAUUGCAUGGGGGAUUAGAGCGGGCAGAGGAGCCCGCCUUCGGGGGAGCCCUGGCUUCUCCACACCUGCCAUCUGCAUGCUCAGAAGCAGAGGAGCCAGCCAACUUGGAGAGCUUUGGAGGAGAAGACCCCAGGCCUGAGGGGCCUGCCACAGCCGAGCUGCUGAGCAGCCUAGAGGACCUAGAGCUCAGCAACCGCCGCCUUGCUGGGGAGAACGCCAAGCUGCAGCACAGCGUGGAGACUGCAGAGGAGGGCUCAGCGCGUCUAGGGGAGGAGAUCGCAGCCCUGCGCAAGCAGCUGCGAAGCACCCAGCAGGCCCUGCAGGUGGCCAAGGCGUUGGAUGAGGAGCUUGAGGACCUGAAGACUCUGGCCAAGAGCCUGGAAGAGCAGAACCGCAGCCUGAUGGCCCAGGCCCGGCACACAGAGAAGGAGCAGCAGCACCUGGUGGCUGAGGUGGAGAUACUACAGGAAGAGGGCUGUUCCUCCCUCCAGAACGGGAAGCUGCUAGCAGAGCGAGACGGAGUGAAGAGGCGGAGUGUGGAGCUGGCCACAGAGAAGGAUGCUCUGAAGCGGCAGCUCUGUGAGUGUGAACAACUCAUUUGCCAGCGUGAAGCAGUCCUCUCAGAGCGUACCCGCCACGCAGAAAGUCUGGCCCAGACUCUGGAGGAGUACAGAACCACCACCCAGGAACUAAGGCAAGAAAUCUCGAACCUGGAGGAGCAGCUGAGUCUAAGCCAGGAGGGCCCAGAAGAGCUACUGGAAGGGGCUGAACCGGGAAGAGUAGGCUGGAUCAUGGCACUGCCCCCAUCACUGGACUUGGAGAUUCAGGCUAUCCGACAGGAGAGGGACGCCGCAGGUGCUGGCCUCUCCAGUCCCCUGUGUGGAAUGUGGCCCUGGGAGGAGGCCGCUAGGGAACAGAGAGACUUCCAGGGAGAGCCAGUGUGUGCUCUAGGAGGGAGCAGAGCAGUGUCUUUAAGGUUGUCCAGGAGACAGGAAGAAGAAGAAGAAGAGGAGAGCUGGGUCCUGGUUGACCCCUCCAGCCCUCUGGGAACCGCUCACCGUGAGCUUGCCUCAGGAAGCUCUCCUGAGAGUUGUCAAGAUGUGCCCGAGGUGCGACACGCCCUCGUGCCUGUGGUGAGAGAUGUGGUGCCAGUGGAGAGGCCCUGGGCCCAGCACUCCCCGGGGCUCAGAGUCAGCCGGCACCUGCUGGCUCCCACACCCAUCCUGGGCCUGCUGCUGCUGCUGCUCUCCAUCCUGCUGCUCAGCCAGUCCCCGACGCCCACUUGGCCACACCUGCAGCUCUGCUACCUUCAGCCCCCGCCAGUGUGAGGCACCGCACCCUGCCUCCUGCUUCACUGACUCAGUCAGGGCUCUGGGCCCGCACCCCUGCCUCGUUUCCGUGUAACCAUGGCCCCUCCUGGGUCUCUCCUGUUUUCCUGACAAUAGCAAAUCAUGCAGUAAUGA